UCGACCAACAUAUUAUAUUAUAGUAAUUACCGACAGUUGAUAUUACUCUUAAAAUUAGACGUACGCGUAUGUACCUAUAGGUUAGAUAACCUAGCUAAUAUUUUUUUAAAUUAUUGUAAUUUGUAGUUCUACUUAGGUGAGUCAUCAAUGUCCAAUAAAAAUGAAAAUAACAUGGACAAUACUCCCAAAACCUACGGCCCAAAGGCUACGGUGGCGCAAAUUUUCGCUACAACAGCGCAGAGCUUUCUAUUAAUUGGAUUGGGCAUGGAAAUAGGAAUGCCCACAAUUGUUAUUCAACAUUUAUACCAAAAUUCAGUCAGUGAAUUUUCAUUAACAUUAACUGAAGUUUCAUGGUAUGGGAGUAUAUUGUUUAUAUUUCAUCCGACCGGAAGUUUUUUAUCGGGAUUCCUGCAAGAAAGAUAUGGAAGGAAACGGUGCAUGAUUUUCGCCAACGUCCCCAGUAUUUUCGGAUGGAUAUUGCUGUACUAUACACACUCCACAGUUUCACUUUACUCGUCCACCGUGCUGAUGGGCUUGAGCAUAGGAUUCAGCGAAGCCCCGAUAUUGUCGUACGUCGGCGAAAUAACCGAACCGAGACUCAGGGGAUCGAUGGCUUCAUUGGCGUGUACCUCGUCAAUGUUUGGAAUGUUGUUGACUUACCUUUUGGGAUAUUUAUUCGAAUGGAGAACCGUCGCAUUGCUGAGUACACUCUGUCCGAUCACGUGUAUAUGCCUCGUGAUUUUGAUUCCAGAGUCUCCAGUAUGGUUGGUUUCCAAAGCGAAAAACGAAAAAGCCGAAAAGGCCUUGUGUUGGUUAAGAGGAUGGGUGGAACCCGAAAUUGUCAAAACCGAACUCCUUGAACUUAUCCGAUACAACGAAGUAUCUGGAACUCGUCGAAGAACGGCCGAUGUUAAUCGUAGGAAUUUAUUCUCAAAAUUAGCCGAGUUUAAGGAUCCGUCGGUGUACAGACCUUUUAUAUUUAUAAUGUUUUAUUUCCUGGUUUCCGAUAUCGUUAGCAGUGUACCUUGGAGACCGUAUACCAGUAAAAUCAUGACAGAAGUUGGUAUAUCAAAUAAUCAAAGUUUGCUCUUGGUAGUUUUUGCUGUACUACAAACUAUUGGAUGCUUGAUAGUAGUAUUGACCGUCCAUUAUCUGGGGAAAAGGUUUUUGACUAAUUUGACAUUUUUUAUCAACACUUUGUUGAUGUGUUUAUUUGGCGUAUACAUCGUAGCCAUGAAGAAUAACUAUAUAAACUCAACUACUUGGAUUCCUAUAACAAUAUUAUAUGGCAUUAACUUUUUUGGGGCUUCAGUCAUUAUUUUGCCAUGGAUGUUACUUAGUGAAGUUUUUCCAAACAAAGCCCGAGGUAUUGCGACUGGCUCAUCUGCAGGAUUGUCUUAUUUAUUAAUAUUCAUACUAACAAAAUCAUACAUAGCAGUAGAGAUUCUAUUGACCUUGGAAUACACUAUGAUUCUCUUUGGUUGUUUGGGCAUUUUUGGAUCACUUUACUUAUACUUUUAUUUACCAGAAACGGAAAAUAAAACACUAUUAGAAAUCGAAGAAUUUAUGGAAAAUAAAAAUGAAAAUACUACGAAAAAUUAUGGCACAAAGGCAAUGGUGGCACAAAUUUAUGCUACUAUAGCGCAGAGCUUUCUAUUAAUUAAUGUGGGUAUGGAAAUGGGAAUGUCCACAGUCGUUAUACAACAAUUGUAUCAAAAUUCAGACAGUGAAUUCUCAUUAACAUUGUCUGAAAUUUCAUGGUAUGGGAGUUUAAUAUGUGUAUUUCAUCCGGCCGGAAGUUUUUUUUCGGGAAUCCUACAGGAUAGGUUUGGAAGAAAACGGUGCAUGAUUUUUGCCAACUUCCCCAGUAUUUUCGGAUGGAUUUUACUAUAUUACACACACUCCGUGGUUUCACUUUACGCGUCGACCGUACUGAUGGGCUUGAGCAUAGGACUCAGCGAAGGCCCUAUAUUUUCUUACGUUGGCGAAAUAACCGAACCUAGGCUCAGGGGAUCGAUGGCUUCGGUGACGUCUACAGCGCCUAUGUUUGGAGUAUCGCUUUUAUUCAUUUUGGCGUAUUUUUUUGAAUGGAAAACCGUCGCAUUGCUGAGUACACUUUGUCCGAUCACUAGUAUAUGCCUUGUCAUGUUGAUUCCAGAGUCACCAAUAUGGUUGGUUACUAAAGGAAAAAAUGGAAAAGCCAGAAAGGCUUUGUGUUGGUUAAGAGGAUGGGUGGAACCUAAUGUGGUCAAAACAGAAUAUCUCGAACUCGUCCGGUAUAAUGAAAUAUCUGCAGGAACUCAACAAACAACAGGGAAAUUAGCCCAAUUUAAGGAACCAUCAGUGUACAGACCUCUUAGACUAAUUAUAUUUUAUUUCUUUAUUUCCAUCAUCCUGAGCAGUAUGCCCUGGAGAACGGUUAUCAGUAAGAUCAUGACAGAAGUAGGUAUAUCGAAUAAUCAAAGUUUGUUACUGGUAUUUUUAUCUGUAUUACAAACUAUCGGAUGCGUGAUUGUAGUCUUAACCGUGCAUUAUCUAGGAAAAAGAUUUUUGACUAAUUUGACAUUUUCAAUCAACACAUUAUUGAUGUUUCUUUUCGGCAUUUACAUUAUAGCAAUGAAGAAUGGCUAUAUCUACUCAACUCCUUGGAUUCCUAUAACUAUAUUAUGCGGCAUUUACUUUUUUGGAGCUUCAAUUAUGAUUUUGCCAUGGAUGGUCCUUAGCGAAGUUUUUCCGAACAAAAGUCGAGGAAUGGCAAUUGGUUUAUCUGCAGGAUUGACAUAUUUACUAAUAUUCAUAUUAACGAAAUCAUACUUAACUGUAGAGAACCUAUUAACCUUGGAAUACACGAUGAUAUUCUUUGGUUGUUUUGGCAUUUUUGGAUCACUUUACUUAUACUUUUAUUUGCCAGAAACGGAAAAUAAAACACUAUUAGAAAUCGAAGAAUUUUUUACAUAAAUUAUACAAAAGCUAUUUAUAAUAAUUAAACAUACGUUAAUAAAUGUACCUAGUGUUGUUUUUAGAA